UCCCAGAGAGAGGUUUUAGCAGUGGAGAGAGAGAGGUCCAUGCAAACAGAGCAAAUUAGAAGGAUGCAGCAGUUUUUGAUCUUUGUGAUGGCUACCUGGGGUGCAGGAUUCUUCUGCUCUUCAAUUGAUGCUUUCCAAAGGAUCCCACUAAAGAAAAUGCCCUCAAUCCGUCAGACCUUGCAGGAGAUGGGUGUGAAAGUCUCAGACGUCUUCCCUGCCCUGAAGCAGAAUAAAUACGCCGGUGCCACAGGCCCUCGGAAUGGGACGGCCCCCACCAUCCUCACCAACUAUCUGGACACCCAGUACUUUGGGGAGAUCAGCAUUGGCACACCAGCGCAGACCUUCAAGGUGGUCUUUGACACGGGCUCGGCCAACCUUUGGGUGCCUUCUUACAGAUGCUCUCCACUCUACAGCGCCUGCGUGUCUCACAACCGCUACGACUCUUCCAAAUCACGCACGUACCUGGAGAACGGGACGGGCUUUGCUAUCCAGUAUGGAUCAGGAAGCGUGAAAGGUUUCCUCAGCCAGGACGUUGUCAUGGUGGCUGAUAUCCCCAUCAUCCAGGUCUUUGCUGAAGCCACGGCGCUGCCUGCCUUCCCCUUCAUCUUUGCCAGGUUUGAUGGGGUGCUGGGCAUGGGGUACCCCAGCCAGGCCAUCGAUGGCAUCACCCCAGUGUUUGACCGGAUCCUCUCCCAGCAGGUCCUGAAGGAGGAUGUGUUCUCGGUCUACUACAGCAGGAACUCUCUUCUGAAACCCGGAGGGGAAAUUAUCCUUGGAGGAAGUGAUCCAGCCUACUACACGGGGGAUUUCCAUUACCUCAACGUCAACAAGAACGGCUACUGGCAGAUCAGCAUGAAGGGGGUGUCUGUCGGUGCUGAGACGUUGUUCUGCAAAGAAGGUUGUUCGGUGGCCAUCGACACUGGGGCUUCCUACAUCACUGGCCCAGCAGGCUCCAUAGCCGUGCUGAUGAGAGCCAUCCAGGCGGCGGAGCUGGCGGAAGGAGGGUAUAUCGUUGACUGUGACAAAGUUCACCUGCUGCCCGAUAUCUCCUUCCACCUCGGUGGGAAGGUCUACGCACUCAGUGGCUCAGCCUACGUCCUCCGGCAAUCCCAAUAUGAAGAGGACAUCUGCACCGUGGCAUUCGCAGGUCUGGACAUCCCUCCUCCAGCCGGCCCCCUCUGGGUCCUGGGAGCCAGCUUCAUCGGGCAAUACUACACCGAAUUCGACCGGCGGAACAACCGGAUCGGCUUCGCCACCUCCCUCUGACAGCAGGAGUGGGGGAGUUGGGCAGGGGGAAAAGGAGAGAGCAUCGGUUUGGAGAAGAAACACAAGACUGCCAAGGAGAAGCAUUUUAAACUGUGAAAGAGAAUAGCUUAGCGGAGUAGUUCCUUAAUGGCACAAAAAAACACGUCCUGUCUAUAUUUAAGCAAAAACCCCUUAUUAGUCCACUUUGAAAAUCAAUGCUACACUUCAGUGAUAGGCCUCAGGAUUAGCCCUCUUUGCUCCAGAACUCCUCCACUCCAUGGUCCUCAUCACGCAGGCACCGAUUUCCUCUUCCCUGGGGACUGGGUCUCGUCACUUGCAACUUUUAUUUUUCCAUAUUGUUUUGAGCCUCCUUUUGCCACAGCUGGACUUACUGCUACAUUCCUACCCUAUGAGUCAGCUGAGAGAGACACUUGCUCACAGGCCAGAAUUUUCUAAGAGUGUAAAAUGUUACAUUGGGUGAAUUUGACCUCUACCUAGGUGCCUAAAUGAGAGCUGAGAACUUUAAAAGAUCUGGCCCUAACUGGGGGUACCGAGUGCUAGGAAAUUGGGCCCUGAGCUCUUCUGAAAAAU